UACAUUUGCUGUGUGAUAAGCAUUAAUAACAAAUUGUGUGAAAAGGACAUUAAUUAUUUAUUACUCUACCGUCUAAUAAACUAAUGCAAAUAUAUAAAAUGAAGCCGAUAUUAUAGUUUUGCGUGCAUCGGCUGCUGGAAAUCGUGGUUUCAGCUAGACUCGGUGAAUUGCACACUUUGUCGAUCAGUGGCAUAGAUAAGCAGGAUCAUGACCUUGGAAACGCAACCAAUUGGCGGUGGUCUGUGCGAUGGCAAAAUCGCUGGACUGUACGAUCUGGAGGAGACGCUGGGCUCGGGACAUUUUGCAGUUGUCAAACUGGCAAGGCAUGUGUUCACGGGUGCCAAAGUGGCAGUGAAAGUCGUUGAUAAAACCAAACUGGACGAGGUCUCCAAAGCACAUUUGUUUCAAGAAGUGCGCUGCAUGAAACUAGUGCAGCAUCCGAAUGUGGUGCGGCUCUAUGAAGUCAUUGACACACAGACCAAGCUAUAUUUGGUGCUGGAGCUGGGAGAUGGCGGUGAUCUGUAUGAUUAUAUAAUGAAGCAUGAUGCUGGCUUGAGUGAGGAGCUGGCGCGUAAAUAUUUCCGGCAAAUACUGCGCGCAAUCACGUACUGUCAUCAAUUGCACGUAGUGCAUAGAGACUUGAAACCGGAGAAUGUGGUUUUCUUUGAGAAAUUGGGUCUGGUCAAGUUGACAGACUUUGGUUUUAGCAACAAGUUCUCGCCUGGGCAGAAACUGGAAACAUUUUGCGGCAGCCUUGCCUAUUCCGCCCCCGAAAUUCUAUUGGGUGACUCGUACGAUGCACCAGCCGUAGAUAUUUGGUCGCUGGGCGUUAUACUCUAUAUGCUGGUAUGUGGCCAGGCCCCUUUUGAAAAGGCCAACGAUUCGGAGACGCUAACCAUGAUAAUGGAUUGCAAGUACAGCAUGCCAUCGCAUGUGAGCAAGGACUGCAGCAAUUUGAUUGGCAGCAUGCUGGUGCGAGAUCCCAAGAAACGCGCCACCGUCGAAGAAAUUGCAUCAUGCGCUUGGCUAAAGCAAACUGACGAGCCCGAUGCAGUGGAGCAUACGCUGCCGUUAGUAAGCCGCGAGCAGCUUAGCGAGGAGGAUCAUGCCUUUAUAAUUCAGAAAAUGAUAAACGGAAACAUUGCGUCCAAGGAAGAGAUACAGCAAGCUCUUGAUAAAAAUAAGUACAAUCACAUAACGGCCACAUAUUUUCUGCUAGCAGAAAUACUUUUACGCCGGCGAACCGAGGAGCAGGCGCAAAAACAAAAACGUCAAGAGGCUAGCUUGAAAUUAGGAGAUACCAAUCGCCGUACGUUGGCUGAGAAACCAAGUCCAACAGAGAAUCCCAAAGUAGUCGUGCCUAUUAGCAUAAAUGUGACGCCAGCCACUCAAUUUGCAAAUGACAAUGCCAAACCUGACAAGCGUACCCGCAAGUGCAGCAUUGUGCGCGAGGAGGAUGAGGAGGAGUCUGCCAAUGAAAGCGUUGGCAUUGGCAAUGAACUAAAGGUGGCCACAACGCGACGUGAAUCUAUUUCUGAUGGACGCUUGCAUCGUUCUGUACAGGACCGCAACAGCUCGCCAGCUCCAGAGACCGAAGUGCCAAUAAAAAUAAGCGCAAAUAUUGUUGUAUCCUUCGAUAUAACGCUGGCCCAAAAGCUCAAGCAAAUAGAUAAAUGUGCCAAGGUAGAUGAGGACACCCUAAGCGGCCUUAAGGAGCUCGAAAUUGGCAAAUUAAAGCCAUUACCGAGCAGCAGCAAGAAUCCUGUGCUAACCCAUCGCCGCACAAAGCUGAACAAAAUACGCACGCCUUCAUGCAGCAGCUCUGAGGCUUCGGAUGAUGAUACCAAGACGCGUAAUAAGAAGAAAAUAAAUAAAUUUGUGGGCGAUGCACCUAUUAGAUUUCGCAUGCAUCGUCGAGACUCGCAUGAUGACUCAAGUGACUCGCAGGAUCAGUUGUAUCCACCGCCAGGCUCUAAUAGCGGUAAUGCCAAUUUCAUUUCAAAUAGCGGCUCCGGUGUAAGCGGAAAAAAGGAAGAUCAGGGACAGUGCAAAGAGCCAAAUAAAUCAGAAGAAACUCGCAAAUCUCAUACACAAAAGAACAGAAAACAGCAAAAGGAUCAUGUGGACAAACAUUCCCAUGUGAAUAAGCAACAAUUAGCAUCGUUUGACAACAAAUCAACACGUCGACGACGCAUACGCGAAAGUCAAUCAUUGGAUCGCAUCACAGAGGCUCAGGAGUACGAGCUGCGUCAGCGUUGCUAUGUAAAUGAAGCAACAACACACCAACAGCAACAUAUCGACCAUAGAAAUUCACUAAACAACUUGACCACAUUCUCCGUUGCCGAAACUAAGGAAGAGUAUGAUGAGGAGUCUGAAAUUGUGUCGGACCAAAAGCAAUAUAUUUAUGACACCAAUCAUAGCAAAAGCUACAAGAACAAUAACCAUAACCAUAGCAACAACAACAACAACAACAACAAUAAUAAUAGUAACACUUUCCACAACACCAAUAACAAAAAGAAAUCCAACGAAACACCAAAAGAUAUUUAUCGUCUAAACUCAGUCGAACAAAUCGAUUUGAUUUUGGAGGAUAAAAGCCUUACCAAAGCAAUACAUGUAACCGGCUCUAAAUGCUUUGUCACCAUGAAAAAGAUACGAAGGCUCGGAAAAUAUUUUCCCGUAGUGAACUUCUCUUAAUAGUUUUAUAUUAAUCAACUGCAAAGUGCAUUCUAAAUCUUAAAACGUAGUAAAUAUGUAGAGAAUAUGCAUCAAAGUGUAUGUAAAACAAAAAGAUAAGCUAAAAAGUUAUUACAAACAAAACAAAAUUACAUAUGCAAAACAUAUUUAAAC